AUGAUACUUUAUUUUGCCCCAAGAAGAAGGCAAAAUUUUAAUUGUGAAGCAAUGUGGAUUUAUGAACGUAACUUUUUACAAUUGGUGUGGGUUCGAACUCUUCUGGUGUUAGGCUUCCUUUUUUUCGCCAAGACGAUUUUUCGUCGGAAUUUGUCGAAGCCUUUUCUUAUACUAAAGUCAGAGCACAAAAAUCUGAAUUACCUCUAUAGUUGCUUAUUAGUAAAAAAUCUCCAGAACUUAGUAGCAGAAAUAAUUCUUAAUUUUUCGGAAAACUACUUCAAUUCUGUAUGUGAUUUCUAUUUAUGCUUUAUUACUAAACCAAGCCUUAUUCGGGGGGAGAAAUUAAAACGUGUUUUGCGCAUGAAUACGUUCAAUGAGGAGGCACGAAAACGACUUGUUAAAAAGUAUUUUUCGUGGUUAGUAAAAGUGAAGAUUGGUCCAAGAACUGCCUUUUCCAUCUAUAAGCACUUACCUAGCGCCAUUCUCAUUGGUCACGAGUUAUGGACAUGCUUGAUGCAAAAUUUAAGGAUCAGAGAAGAAGUGACACUGGAACUUUUUCGCUGUCACGAUAUGAAGGUAAUAAAUGGUGAUCAACUAGAAGAUUUUGCAUUAAUUCAGAAUUUUCCUAUCAUAAGAAAAUUACACAGAAAGUGUUUAAUAAUUGAACCAUAG